CUCUCACUUCCACUUCGCUUCCUCCCCCUUGUCACCCCGCUCGAGUCUCACAAAGGAUUCUCCCGCCCAUCCCAAUAUAUCACGCUCUCCCUCCUCUACCUUUUUCUCCGAGAAGGUAGACGGCCAUAGAUUACCUGUUUCACCCAAGUAAUAAAGCGUAGGCUCCUGCCGAUACGCAGACACACACAUCUAUUCAUUCAUUCAUCAUGGCAUCCAUGGCCCGUGUUCUCACUCGCGCUUCGAAGCAAGCGUCCUUCACCUCCACUCCCCUCUGCCGCAAUUUCACAACUGCGACCCGCGCUCGCCCGACCACCUCUAUUGCCGCACCUAUUAGACAGACUGGCCGCCGUGGAUAUGCUUCUGGCGGUUCAGCGGGUGGGGGUUCUAGCAAGAUCGCUAUCCCAUUGGGUCUUGGUUUGAUUGGUGCUGGUGGUUACUAUGCUUACACCAAUGAUCUUCUCCCCGCCGCAUUGUCUGGCGCCCAGGCCUCGAAGACUGGCGGCGUGCUCACCCCCACUAAGGAUGACUUUCAGAAGGUCUAUAAUGAUGUUGCGGAGCUCUUGGAGAAUAAUGAUUACGACGAUGGUUCCUAUGGACCUGUAGUUGUCCGCCUUGGAUGGCACGCAUCUGGAACUUAUGACAAGGAUACCAAGACUGGAGGUUCCAAUGGGGCCACCAUGCGUUUCGCUCCUGAGUCAGAGCAUGGUGCAAAUGCCGGCUUGAAGACCGCACGUGACCUUCUCGAAGGUAUCAAGAAGAAGCACCCUUGGAUCUCGUACUCCGACCUCUGGACUCUUGCUGCUGUUGCUGCAAUCCAGGAGAUGGGUGGUCCCAAGAUUCCGUGGAGACCCGGACGUAAGGACGGUGACGUAUCCGCUUGCACUCCUGAUGGUCGUCUUCCCGACGCCACUAAGGAACAGAAGCAUCUCAGAGCCAUCUUCUACCGUAUGGGUUUCAACGAUCAGGAGAUUGUCGCUUUAUCGGGUGCCCACGCUCUCGGCAGAUGCCACACCGAUCGUUCCGGCUUUGAUGGUCCCUGGACUUUCUCGCCAACAAUGCUGACAAACGAUUACUACAAACUCUUGCUCGAGGAGAAGUGGGCCUGGAAGAAGUGGAAUGGACCAAAGCAAUUUGAGGAUGUUUCGACUAAAUCUCUUAUGAUGCUUCCAACCGACAUGGCGCUCGUCAAAGACAAGGAGUUUAGGAAGCAUGUUGAGAGGUACGCCAAGGACAACGACCUCUUCUUCAGGGAGUUUGCGGAUGCCUUUGGAAGACUGCUCGAGCUCGGUGUUCCUUUUGAGAAGGAGGAGAAGUUUGUUUUCAAGUCCACUACAGAUUAA